AAACAGAAAAAGAAAUAAACAUAAACACCAUUUCUUUUCUUUUCUUUUCUUUUCUUUUUUUCAUAUAAAAAAUGAAAAAGAAAAAUGAAGGUUGAAUUUUUUUUCCUUAGGGUUGGACUGUGAAUUGCGAAAUCGUGUGUGGCCCAAAUAGUAGAAUCACCGAUUCCGUCAAGUUCGGUUCUCUGCGGGGGAAGAUCUGUCCCCAAUUGCCCCGAAAGUUGUGGAUUCUAGAGAGAGAAAGUGGGCGUCAGUAGCAGCAGCUAGAGAGAGAAAAUUUAUUUUUUUUGAACGUUGGGAUCGGAGGGAAAAAAUGGGCUUUUCUUCAAAUUUGGAGGGAUUCUGAGGUUCUGGCAUUUGUGGGUGGUGAAUUCUGGGGUGGUUGCAUGCAGGCUGGCGGCGGCGCCGGUGGUGGGCCUGGCCGGAAUCCGGCAGGGAGGGCGGCGUCUACGUCGUCAGCGGCAGCUUCGCCGUCGUCUUCGUCUUCGGCGGCCUCUCAUUUGGGAUUGGACUCAUUGCAGCAGCAGCAUCAACAGAAGAUAGGUUCUAGGCAGUCAUUUCAACAGCAACUGCUUAGAAAAUCUGAAGGGGGUGAAGCAUUUUUGGCAUACCAAGCAGGUCUUCAAGGAGCAUUUGGGAGUAACAAUUUCUCAUCUCCUAGUUCCAUGCAGCUGCCGCAGCAGUCUCGAAAAUUUGUUGAUUUAGCUCAGCAUGGCUCCAACCAAGGCCAAGGCAUUGAGCAGCAAAUGCUAAGUCCAGCACAGCAUGCGUACUUUCAAUAUGCUCUGCAGGCUUCUCAACAAAAAUCUGCUUUAGCAAUGCAAUCACAGCAGCAACCGAAAAUGGGAAUGCUGGGUCCUUCAUCUGUGAAAGAUCAGGAAAUGCGAAUGGGAAAUUUGAAAGUGCAGGACCUUAUGUCCAUGCAGGCAGCGAGUCAAGCCCAUGCAUCAUCAUCUAGGAAUUCAUCUGAGCAUUUUACUCAUGGGGAAAAGCGGUUAGAGCAAGGGCAACAGCUAGCCCCUAGUCAGAAGAGUGAAGGAAAGACUUCAAUCCAAGGACCGGCCAUUGGAAACUUAAUGCCUGGAAAUAUUAUAAGACCUGUGCAAGCAUUGUCAACUCAGCAGAGCAUCCCAAAUGCUAUGAACAACCAGAUUACUGUGUCUGCUCAAUUACGGGCCAUGCAGGCAUGGGCACAAGAACGAAAUAUUGAUCUAUCACAUCCUGCAAAUGCUAACUUAAUGGCUCAGAUCAUUCCUCUGAUGCAAUCAAGGAUGGUUCAACCACCAACGGCAAAUGAUACUAACUUAGGUGUGCAGUCAUCGCCUGUCCCUGCUUCAAGCCAGCAGGUUACUUCUCCAGCAGUUGCAAGUGAGGGUUCAGCACAUGCUAAUUCAUCUAGUGAUGUGUCUGCACAGUCAGGUUCUGCAAAAGCCAGGCAGACAGCUCCAUCCAGCCAUUUGAGUCCACCAAUUAGUACUGGUAUAUCUGGGAACUCUAGUGACAUGGCGACACAGCAAUUCAAUCUUCAUGGCAGAGAUGCUCAAGGAUCUUUGAGGCAAUCAAUUAUAAUUGGAAAUGGAAUGCCUUCUGUGCAUCCACAACAGUCUUCUGCAAACAUGAACUUAGGUGCAGAUCAUCCUUUGAAUGCUAAAAAUUCAUCAUCUGGACCAGAACUGGCUAAAAUGCAGUACAUCAGGCAAUUAAACCAAUCUGCUUCUCAGGCUGGAGGUCUGAUAAAUGAAGGUGGAUCAGGAAAUUACACCAAACCUCAAGUGGCACCAUCUCAGAUGCUUCAGCAACGAAGCGGUUUUACCAAACAACAGCUUCAUGUUCUUAAAGCACAAAUAUUAGCAUUUAGGCGGCUGAAGAAAGGAGAAGGUGCGCUCCCCCAAGAACUUCUUCGGGCCAUCGCUCCACCACCUCUUGAUUCACAAGAGCAGCAGCCAAGUCAUUCUGCAGGAGCACAAAAUCAAGACAAAUCUGCUGUAAAUAUUGUAGCAGAACACCCAAAGCAGAAUGAGUCCAAUGCCAAUGAUUCACAACCUAUCCCCUCUAUUAAUGGGAAAAACUCUUCAAAGCAGGAAGGCUUUGUCAGAGAUGAAAAAUCCACUGCGACAGCAGUUCAUAUGCAAGGCACACCUCCUAUGACAAAAGAAUCUUCUGGAAAGGAAGAGCAGCAGUCUGUUGUAUGCUCUGCCAAGUCAGAUCAGGAAAGUGAACAUGGAAUUAGCAGACCUCCUGUUAGAAGUGAGUUGGCAUUAGAUAAGGGAAAGGCUGUUGCAACCCCCGCAUCUGUAACUGACGCAAUCCAAAUUAAUAAACCUGCACAAGCAAGCACUGUUGCCCAGCCAAACGAUGUGGGAUCUGCAAGAAAAUAUCAUGGACCCCUAUUUGAUUUUCCUUUCUUCACUAGGAAACAUGAUUCCUUUGGGUCAUCAAUGAUGGUAAACAACAAUAAUUUGUCAUUGGCAUAUGAUGUGAAAGAGCUACUUUUUGAGGAAGGCGUGGAAGUCCUUAACAAGAGAAGGACAGAAAAUUUAAAGAAGAUUGAAGGUUUACUGGCAGUAAACUUAGAGAGGAAAAGAAUUAGGCCAGAUAUUGUGUUAAGGUUGCAAAUUGAAGAGAAAAAGCUUCGGCUUUUAGAUCUUCAGGCACGUUUAAGGGAUGAGAUUGAUCAACAACAACAGGAGAUAAUGGCAAUGCCAGAUAGGCCAUACCGCAAAUUUGUUAGGCUAUGUGAACGUCAGCGGAUGGAGCUCACUAGGCAAGUGCAGGCAUCUCAGAGAGCUUUAAGGGAGAAGCAACUGAAAUCUAUAUUUCAGUGGCGCAAAAAGCUUCUUGAAACACACUGGGCCAUUCGUGAUGCCCGUACUGCUCGCAACAGGGGGGUGGCCAAAUAUCAUGAAAAGAUGUUGAGAGAGUUCUCAAAACGUAAAGACGAUGACAGAAACAAAAGGAUGGAAGCCCUAAAAAACAAUGAUGUUGACAGAUAUAGGGAGAUGUUGCUGGAGCAGCAGACUAGCAUCCCAGGCGACGCUGCAGAGAGAUAUGCUGUUCUUUCAACUUUCUUAACCCAGACUGAAGAGUAUCUCCAAAAAUUAGGAAGUAAGAUAACUGCUGCCAAGAAUCAACAGGAAGUGGAGGAGGCAGCAAAAUCUGCUGCAGCUGCUGCACGAUUGCAGGGUCUUUCUGAAGAAGAAGUUAGAGUGGCAGCAGCUUGCGCUGGAGAGGAAGUGAUGAUUAGAAACCGUUUUAUGGAGAUGAAUGCUCCUCGAGACAGUUCGUCUGUCAGCAAGUAUUACAGCCUUGCUCAUGCUGUGACUGAGAGGGUUGUAAGUCAACCAUCAAUGUUAAGGGCUGGAACACUAAGAGACUAUCAACUUGUUGGUUUGCAAUGGAUGCUUUCUUUGUAUAAUAACAAAUUAAAUGGAAUUUUGGCGGAUGAGAUGGGUCUUGGCAAAACUGUGCAGGUUAUGGCGUUAAUUGCCUACUUGAUGGAGUUUAAAGGAAACUAUGGCCCACAUCUUAUAAUAGUGCCAAAUGCUGUUUUAGUUAACUGGAAGAGUGAGUUGUAUACUUGGCUACCAUCUGUGUCGUGCAUUUUUUAUGCUGGAGGGAAGGAUUACCGGUCAAAAGUAUUUUCUCAAGAGAUUAUGGCUAUGAAAUUUAAUGUCCUUGUGACUACUUAUGAGUUCAUCAUGUAUGACCGGUCAAAGCUUUCAAAAAUUGAUUGGAAGUAUAUCAUAAUUGAUGAAGCGCAGAGAAUGAAGGAUAGAGAUUCUGUUCUAGCUCGUGAUCUUGAUAAAUAUCGUUGUCAUAGACGCCUGCUUCUGACAGGAACUCCUUUACAGAAUGAUUUGAAGGAACUGUGGUCACUUUUAAAUUUACUUCUUCCUGAGGUUUUUGACAAUAAGAAAGCUUUUAAUGACUGGUUCUCAAAGCCAUUUCAAAAGGAAGGUCCCACUCAAAAUACAGAGGAUGAUUGGCUUGAGACAGAGAAGAAAGUUAUCAUCAUCCAUCGACUUCAUCAGAUUCUUGAGCCUUUCAUGCUCAGGCGUCGUGUUGAAGAUGUUGAGGGCUCGCUACCCCCAAAGGUCUCUAUAGUUUUACGAUGCAAGAUGUCACCCUUCCAGAGUGCCAUUUAUGACUGGAUCAAAUCAACCGGUACCCUUCGUCUUGAUCCUGAGGGUGAGAAAUCCAAGAUUCAAAAAAAUCCACUCUACCAGCCAAAACAGUAUAAAACUUUAAAUAACAGAUGUAUGGAGCUACGAAAAACUUGCAAUCAUCCCAUGCUUAAUUACCCAAUGUUUAAUGACAUACCUAAAGAAGUAAUGGUACAAACUUGUGGAAAAUUGUGGAUCCUGGAUAGGAUCCUUAUCAAACUUCAAAGAACUGGUCAUCGAGUUCUGCUGUUUAGUACCAUGACAAAACUCCUAGACAUCUUGGAAGAUUAUCUGAUAUGGCGAAGACUUGUGUACAGAAGAAUUGAUGGGACAACUAGUUUGGAAGACCGUGAAUCAGCUAUAGUGGAAUUUAAUGGCCCUGAUUCAGACUGUUUCAUCUUCUUGCUCAGUAUUCGAGCUGCUGGGAGAGGUCUUAAUCUCCAGUCUGCUGACACAGUUGUCAUUUAUGAUCCUGAUCCAAACCCGAAAAAUGAGGAGCAGGCUGUGGCCAGAGCUCAUCGUAUAGGACAGACAAGAGAAGUCAGAGUUAUUUACAUGGAAGCUGUUGUAGACAAAAUCUCUAGCCAUCAGAAGGAGGAUGAAUUGAGAAGUGGAGGCACUGUUGAUAUGGAGGAUGAACUUGCUGGUAAGGAUCGCUAUAUCGGAUCCAUUGAGAGCCUCAUAAGGAACAAUAUUCAACAAUAUAAGAUAGAUAUGGCUGAUGAGGUUAUUAAUGCUGGACGUUUUGAUCAACGGACAACACAUGAAGAGAGACGUUUGACUUUGGAGACAUUAUUACAUGAUGAAGAAAGGUAUCAAGAAACUGUCCAUGAUGUUCCUUCACUGCAGGAGGUAAAUCGCAUGAUUGCUAGGAGCAAAGAGGAAGUUGAAUUGUUUGAUCAAAUGGACGAAGAACUGGAUUGGGCUGGGGAGAUGAUCCGGUAUGAUGAGGUGCCUGAGUGGCUUCGAGCCAGUACAAAAGAAGUGAAUGCUGCUAUUGCUGCUUUAUCCAAAAGACCAUCAAAGAACACUUUAUUGAGCAGUAGUAUUGGCGUGGAAUCCAGUGAAGCAGGUUCAGAAAGGAGAAGGGGUCGGCCCAAGGGAAAAAAGCAUCCUUGUUAUAAAGAAUUGGAAGAUGAAAAUGGUGAAUAUUCUGAAGCAAGCUCCGAAGACAGAAAUGGAUAUUCUGGACAGGAAGAAGGGGAAAUUGGAGAGUCUGAAGAUGAUGGUUAUAGUGGGGCUGAUGGAAAUCGAUUGGAAGAAGAUGCUGCACCUUCUGAUGCUGGAUAUGAAUUCCCUCGGUCUUCGGAACAUGCUAGAGAUAAUCAUGUGGUUGAAGAAGCUGGUUCCUCAGGAUCUUCCUCUGACAGUCAAAGAUUGACACAGACAGUGUCACCAUCAGUUUCUGCUCAGAAAUUUGGUUCCCUCUCUGCAUUGGAUGCCAGGCCAAACUCUAUUUCAAAACGGAUGGCAGAUGAGUUAGAGGAAGGGGAAAUUGCAGUAUCCGGUGAUUCUCACAUGGAUCAUCAACAGUCGGGAAGUUGGAUUCAUGAUCGUGAUGAAGGUGAGGAUGAACAAGUGUUGCAGCAACCCAAGAUUAAGCGUAAACGAAGUCUCCGUGUCCGUCCCCGUCAUGCCACAGAAAGGCCUGAGGACAAAUUUGGCAAUGAGAUGGUAUCUCUUCAACGGGGAGAAUCAUCUCUUUUAUCAGAUUAUAAAUAUCAAGUGCAAGCAAGGACUGAUCCUGAAUCAAAAUCAUUUGGAGAUCCCAAUGCCAGCAGCAAGCAUGAUAAGAAUGAAUCAUCAUUAAAAAAUAAGCGAAAUUUACCUUCGAGGAAAGUAGCUAAUACAUCCAAGUUACAUGGGUCACCUAAAUCUAGUCGCUUGAAUUGCACAACUGCUCCUAUAGAGGAUGGUGGUCAACACUCUAGAGAGAGUUGGGAGGGGAAGCCUAUCAAUCCAAGUGAAUCUUCAGCUCAUGGCACUAAGAUGACUGAAAUCAUCCAGAGAGGGUGCAAAAAUGUAAUUAGCAAGCUCCAAAGGAGAAUAGACAAGGAAGGCCAUCAAAUCGUACCUUUGCUAACAGAUUUGUGGAAGAGGAUUGAGAAUUCUGGGUAUGCAGCUGGAUCUGGGAACAGUCUGUUGGAUUUACGGAAGAUUGACCAGCGGAUUGAUAGAAUGGAUUAUAGUGGGGUAAUGGAGCUUGUGUUUGAUGUGCAGUUCAUGUUGAGGAGUGCAAUGCAUUUCUAUGGAAACUCGUAUGAGGUAAGAUCUGAAGCGAGGAAGGUUCAUGGUCUCUUUUUUGAUAUCUUAAAAAUUGCAUUUCCGGAUACAGACUUUGGAGAAGCAAGAAGUGCACUAUCUUUCUCUAGCCAAAUUCCCGCCAAUACUGUAGCAUCACCAAGGCAAGUGGCAGUUGGCACAGGCAAGAGGCACAGAGUGAUAAAUGACAUGGAAACUGAUCCAGUCCCUUCUCAAAAGCCACCACAACGCACAUCAGCUUCUAACAGCGAAAGUGCCAGGAUCAAAGGCCAUCUUCCACAGAAGGAAUCAAGAACUGGAAGUGGUGGCAGCAGCGCGCGCGAGCAACUUCAGCAGGAUAAUCCUUCACUGCCUACUCAUCCAGGUGAACUUGUUGUAUGCAAGAAGAAAAGAAAUGACAGGGAAAAAUCUUUGGUGAAGCCUAGGACUGGAUCAGUUGGUCCUGUUUCACCACCUAGUGCUAUGAGAAGUCCAGGGUCAGGUUCAACUCCAAAGGAUGUUAGAAUGGCUCAACAAGCUCCUCAUGCACAAGGAUGGGGUGGCCAACCAUCUCAACCAUCAAAUGGGUCUGGUGGGUUAGUUGGUUGGGCAAACCCUGUGAAGCGCCUAAGAACAGAUUCUGGGAAGAGGAGACCAAGCCAUAUGUAGAUUUUUCAAGGGGACAAAAGAAUGGUAUAUAAUGGAAAUAUUGGAACUAGUUUCAGGAACAGUUUUAGUGGCCCUUACCUUUGGUAGAGUUUAGCCCAUACUGUUAAUAUAGAGUUAGGUCCUCCAUUGUAUUUACUUCUACCUCAAUGCGUUAAAUAACAAUGGUCUCCAAUUUUUUUGUUUGGGAAGCUGUAUCUUGCAGGAAUUGCUUUUCUUUAGAUAGCUGUUGAAUCUGUUGUAUAGCAACUUCUUGGUUCAUAUUAUUGGUCCAUUCAAGGAUUAAUCUCUAUAAGGUCAUGAUUAUAUCAAUGCAUAAGCUAUGAACCUUUGGUGGCUUGCGUCUAAGCUGGAAACAACAAAAGGAACCAAAUAAUAAUAAUGAGGAUGAUAUUGAC